AUGGUCAAAGCAUCACACAGCGUUGAUGUUGCGGCCAUGCCCUUCAACCUCAUGAAGGAGAGGCUCGAGUUCAUUGAUGCGGACAAGUGCGAGUGCAAGUCGACCCUCAUUGAGGGUGGCGGCAUCGGGACGACGAUUGAGACCGCCACUUCGCACAUCAAGGUGGAGCCGGCAGCCAACGGCGGGAGCGUGGUGAAGGUGGAAUCAACAUACAAGCUGCUGCUGUUGGGGAACAUACUGCCAGGCGUGGAGGUGAAGGAUGAGAUCACCAAGGCCAAGGACUAUGCCACGGCCAUCUUCAAGGCCGUCGAGGCCUACCUUAUCGCCAACCCGUAUGCCUAA